AGUAAUGGCCAUUGUAGUGACACAGUAGCAGAUAAUUGGUCUAUUCUUUCAUUGUUGUUGUUGUUCUCCACAAUUAGUUGUUGUAGCAACUAAUGGCCAUUAUGGUCUUACGUCAGGUUUAGUCAUGGUAAUAUUAAUUCUUCUGUCAUAUAUGGCCCUUGUACAAUUUUGACUCGUAAAUGAUUCGUAACUUGUUCGUUCGAUAUAUAUUUGUUUUACACGUGAGAGUCAUUGAGCUAGUGAGCCAAUCAACGACUAACUCAAACUCGACUCGUCUUGAUAAAUUAGCUUGUUGACGAGUUGAGUGUCGACGGAUUUUUUUCCUUAGUUGAACGCCGAGCUGCUACUGAGCGGUUUGGUUCGUUUACAACGCUAGUAUCAAGUAUAUGUCAUUCUUAAUUUCCCAUCACCAACCUAUCUAAGAAUGACUUGGUGAUGUGUGGGAUUUCAAAAUUUAAUAUGUGGACUAGAAUCGGUUAGAACUCUUGCACAGAGCAAGGCAGACUGCUGAUUCUGAGUUAGCUAGAUUACAUAAUAACUUUAGGCAGUAAAAUGAAGAACAGAUAGUCUUUUAAGUUUGGAGAAUCAAAUACUAGACAAUCCUGUAGCCUGUAGAGCAUGAAUACUGAACAUGCUCAACUUGCUCCAUUCAGCGGGUCAUUUUCCAAAUGUGGCAGACUUGGAAGACCAGGAAUGACCGGAUCUUUUCAGGGAUUAUCCCUUGGCCCCCUAUCACCAUCUCCAGAGCCCAGAUUGCUCAUCAGCAAUGGAACACCUGCGGACCUGCCCCAGGAAGAAAGGUGCUCUACCCCUCCAUGCUCAGCACAUUCCACCCCUUGAUCUCUCCACCGCCAAGUACUCAUGACUUUGAGAUACACUGUGACGGAUCCUACUUCAGUGAUUCCGCCAGGAGGCGGCUUAAGGUGUCGUUGUGACGAAUAGUCAUGGACAGGUUUGUGAUGGGGAAGCUGAGUCCCUGCAUUGUUUUUCACCACUUGAAGUAGAAAGCGAAGGCCCUCUGGGAGGAAGCACGACUGGCUGUGUCGCUUGCAGCACCAUGCCUGAUCCUCACUGAUUGCCUCUCGCUCAUUGAAGCCCUUGCUAACCCAAUGGAAAUAUGGCCAUGGCGAGCAGCAGGAUGGAUCAACCACAUCAAGAACCUCUCAACCAACCACCCAACCAUCAGAUUUGACUUCAUCAGCAGAAGAAGAAACUCCAAAACGAAUUGGGUGGCAGGAUCAUGUGCGAAGAAACACCUUCCCACUGAAUGGAUUCAUGUACUUGAUGUUAUUGCUCCUCUUGUAACGGUUGGCUUCUGCCACAAGUAAUGAAAUUUCUAUGCCCUUUGUCAAAAAAAAAAAAAAAAAAAAGUCCUUCAAUCCUUUCUUGUGAGAAAAGGAGCAGCAGCAUCCUUUAUUCUGGAGCAAGGUGCGGGGAGGGAAUUUGACAAUUUGUCAUAAGCAUACAAUUGAGAGAAUCAGAAUACUGAACAAUAAGUCGAUGGUCAUAAAAACCAAUUUACAGAACCGAUGGCAAACAUAUAUAUACUAGAAAAGAGAAGUUUAAUAUACCAACACAAGAGAAGUUUAAAACUCCUGAUACGAGCAUGGAGUGCACAAUAAGUUAAACUGUAUUCAUCACCUCGUCCUCUGCAGUUUCGUACUCAAACUUCUUCCAAUCAUCGGGAGGGUGCUCGAUUUCCUCCGGGCAAUAGAUGCAGGCUUUGUGGAGUUGAUCUAGCAAAGCAAAAUCACGAUAUUGUCAUUAUUACCUUCAUCCAUCUAUCAAUCUGUUUACAAAGUUACUAAGCAGUACCCUAAAUCCUAAACCGAAUACAGUUUAUUUUUUAUA